CAGGCUGUGAGAAAUGCAACAGUUUUUAUCAGAACUCAAAGAGGAAAGACAAAAAGCACCCAGAAGUCGUCUGUGUUUGCUGUUCGCUGGCCUCUGAAGGAUCCCGCUCGUCUGUACUGAGCCUGUGUUGCCAUGGCGUUGUGGGGCAGGAGCCCGCUGCUGCUCGCCGUUCCUCUGUGGAUGAGCUUUGGGGGAGUGGACGCUGCUCUUUCAGAUCCAGAGGUCUGUUACAUCCUGGAUGGUAUCCUGUUCUUGUACGGCAUCAUCCUGACAGCGCUCUACUGCAAAAUCAAGAUCCAACAGACUUGGGAGGCUGAGGCUGCGGCUGAGGCCAAGAAAGCAAAGGGCAAGAAGAAGAUUCCUGAAGAGAGCAUCUAUACGGGUUUGACUCCUCACGCCACGGACACGUAUGAAACUAUCGGCACGAAGAAGUGACGGGAUGCAUUAAAGUCUGAGACAUGCGCUUCUUUUCUAUAUUUAAAUAUUGCAUAUUAUAAAUACAUAUAUAUAUAUACAUAAAUAUAUAUAUAUAUAUAUACAUAAAUAUAUAUAUAUAUAUAUAUAUAGAUAUAACCAGCUUACAUUUUAAAAAGACUGUGAGAUUGUUAGCAUCAGAGUCUGUUUGCUUUUGCUUUUGUAAAAGUUUGUGGAGCGUUAAGAAGGGUGAAAGAGAAAAGGGGGGGAUGAGGCGGGUACUUUGAAGAAGAAAUAACGCACAUAUUUAAUUUAUACUUUGCUUUAGAGACAUAUUGCAUAAUAAUACUUAAAAUGAAAAAAUAUGUUGUAUCCCUUGUGUAUAUCUGAAAUGCUUUCUGGCACUGACCUGCUUUAAAGGCAGGGUUGGUCAUUUUCAAAAACUAACAUGAUUUUGAAAGUGGCAUUCCCUCUGUGCUCCAUCUGCACCUGCCCCCUCCCCUCAUAGGCCACGCCCCUCGCUUACAUGCACAAGCGCAAUUGGUCCAGAAGUCGACCUCAGCUGAUGCUUUGAUUGUGGGCUCGUGCAUGCACGGGGUAGAGAGCGAGCAGGGAGACAGGGAGGCGUGUGAUUGGUUCAUCAGAUUGGUACCUCGUGGCAGACAUUGGUCAAAGUUUUUACAGACUUACAAACUGAUACAGAUGACGGAUUUUCUUUGUUCCUUUUUCAGAGCACAUGAGUUAUUAAUUUCUGUCAGGACCUAAAGACAAUUUCAACCAAAAUCUUAAAAAGUGGAUCUGGAGAAAAUUACCAACCCAGACUUUAAUGUGUUUUACUAACUUUAAUUUUUUAGGCAUUCUGAAAGGGUCUAAAGUGCGACAGUUUCAUGCAACAUUGUGAUUGAGUGAUUGUAGUUGUAAUGCCAACCUCCUCCAUAACACCUUAGGGAUACUGAGCAGUGUUUCCUACACACCACAGGGUGGCAGUGAAGGUGUCUUUGGUGAAGUUUUUACCUGUGAAACACAUCCACUCUGCAGUCUCUCCCACCAGUACAGGAGCCUAAAAUAAAUUCAAUAAAUGACACAAACGGC